CCAAAAUCAUCUCAGCCGCUUCUUGAGGAACGCCCUACAACCUUCAUACUAGCAUGAAAGCUGGCUGUACGAUAUUUGGGCUCCCCGACCCUCAGUCACACGCACACGAUAUAUGGCUACCUUAUCGGGGUAUUGUGUGCUGGCAACCUUGCGGCGAUGACAUUAAAGAUGUCGGGCCGAAGGCACAAAAGAUGGUCGAAUACAUGGAGUCCACAACUAUAGCCAACAUUCAAGAAACCAGUCACGAUCACUUUCAUUGUCAGGCCCUCAGUCAUGGGUUCGGAGUACAGUGAUGAGCAUGAUGGGUACGAAUCCUCAAUUGUCGGCGACGAGCAGGAAGAUACUAUCAAUGAGAUUGUUGCCGAGGUUGUCGACCAGUUUCUCACCGAAUUCAGUAAGCAUCUCGGGAUUCAACAGCCCGAAAACUCAUCACUAUCGCGCUCGUUGACGCCCAAGAUACCCGAGACUGAGGAAGAGUAUCGAAAGUAUGUCUGGGGUUACAUCGAGCGUUAUCUCCAUUCGUAUUACCAACCCGGGGAUCCAUACGUGGAGGAACUAGUGAAGAGUGCGGCUAUUCGCGCCAAGGAUCUCACACAAAAAUACGACUUGGAACCCGGGACAACGCCGAAAUUGGCCGUUAUGGCCUUAUACGACUUUGUAAUCCUCUGCGAUGACAGCAGUUCGAUGAAAAUCAAAAAGGGUGCUCGUAUACGGGCUCUCGAAGAUACUUGUCAACGUGUUGCCGAAAUUGCCAGCGCGAUACAAGACCAGGACGUGUAUCUUCGGUUUUUGAACAGCCCAGAAGAUCGGCACCUGAAUAAGUUGUCACCAACUGAGAUCAGAAACUACAUGAAGAAGGUCAAAUAUUUUGGGUGGACCAGACUGGGAAACGCGCUGAAAACCAAGAUUGUCCAGCCUCUCAUCUUCGAUCCAUUGGAGAAUGGCCUUUCUGCGAAGCCGGUCAUUACUAUCGUCGUAACAGAUGGACACCCAGAUGGUGAGGAUGAGAAUUGCUUUGGGAAGACCAUCUUGGAGUGCAAGAAGAAAUUGACCCAGCUUUCCAAGCAGCCAGCGGGUGCAAUAUUUCUCAUCUCACGGGUUGGCAAUGACGCAAAUGCAGAGAACUUUCUUAGUAACCUCAGGGUGAACAAGGAAUUACAAGAGGUGCUCUAUUGUUGUCAAGACCAGCUGGAUGAGCGGCGGGAGGUGUUCCGCAGAGCUGGCGGAGAUAAUCAAUAUUCUUCGUAUCUGAUUAACUUAUUCGUCGCUGCACUGGAUAGCCAGACUAAGUGAAGUAGGUCAUGGUGACCUCUACCUUUUCGCAUGAG